AUGGGCAACUCUGAGGAACAAGCGCGGCCGACGUCUGCUCCAACAUCGGCUCCUCCUCCGCCGGAGGUGAUUGAGCUCGGGACUCCUCCGAGCGUACUGUCCGGUUCCAGUCAACGAGAUCCCGAGUCCAGCCCGCUGGCAUGGGUAUGCGUUGUCGGGUCGUUCAUGUUCCUCUACCCGAGCUAUGGAUUCAUGCAGUCCGUUGGGACGGUGCAGUCGUAUCUUCAAUUGAAUCAGCUGAGCGACUACACAGCUCGUGAUCUCGGAUGGAUUAGCGGCAUCUUCACCUCUCUAGGUCUCCUUCUCGGCAUCCAGGCCGGCCCGCUCAUGGACGCCUAUGGCACGAGACUCCUAGCGCCCAUCUCCGCAGCUACUCUUGUUCCGUUGUUCUUCCUCCUGGGCGAGUGCACAGAGUACUGGCACUUCAUACUCUGCCUCGGAGUCUUGGGCGGCAUCAGCAGUGCGCUCACUUCCACCGUUGCCAUGGCCGUCAUCGGCAAACUGUUUAGCCGCCGUCGUGGGCUUGCCAUGGGUAUGGCUCUCUCUGGGUCAUCGUUCGGUGGCGUCACCCUAUCAAUGAUGUUCCGUUCCCUUCUUCCCAAACUCGGAUGGCAAUGGACCAUGCGAGCGACAGGUUUCCUCGUCCUCGGCAUCAUGGUAUUGGGGGGGGUAAGGGUGCCACUCUGA